AUGAAAGAUAAAUAAGAUUACCAGAGCAAAUACUCCGCAGUUUCCAAUGCUAAAGUUACCUCAUCAAAAACUACAACUAACACUAAAUAAUCUAAUUCUACUCGAACAACAACAGUUAAAACUUCAAGUACUGUUGUAAAUAAAAAAAGUACAGUAUAAACUACAAGUAAUGUAAAAAGUUCCAAGAAUUUGAGAAGCUCUAGCAGUGCUUAGCAAGAGAUAGUAGUAGUCUCAACUUCUUAGCAGUAGCAUCAUCAGUUAGAAAACAUCAAUCAAGAACAUUAUUCAGUAGUAAAGUAGCAGUAGAUUCGAGAGUAGCAUUUUGAAUAUCAAUAAUAAGAAUCAGUCAGCUAGCAAGAUGAUUAGUAAUAGCUAGAAGAUGAUGAUCAGUUGGAAUUUAUGCAAUUGGAACAAUAGAUAUCAAAUGAUUAGCAGAAUUCUGAAUAGAAUUCUCAACAAUAAGAAGUCAUUCAAGAAAAUUCUAUAUAAGAAGAGAACUCAUAAUAGAAUUAGGAAACAUUUGAAAAUGAUGGAUAGAUAUUACAGCAGUAAUAUGUUUUGAGUGAUAAUAACUAGCAUUAGAUUGAAACUGAAAUCAUAGAGGAAUAGAAAAGCUAAAACUUGAAUCAGAGCCUAAGAAGCAAUUAGAUCGGGGGUGUAGGUGAAUCAAAUGGGACUUCUGAUACUGAAGAUUUAGGUAAUGUGAUGUUAAGCAAGCAAAAAAGCGAAAUGGGGGCUGGAGAUAGGACUGGCAAUAAUAGAAAGCGCAAGCUAUCUAGAGUUGAUGAGGAGAUUAAGCAAACAUUAGAAAAUAAUAAUCAUAGAAGUGAGGACAUGAUUUAAGUCGCCUACUAAUCAAAAUAUAGAGAUGCAUAGUCAGAUACUUUUAUCCCUCUUGAUUAGUCAGAAACCUCAUCUAGAAAAGACAUAAAGAAGUCAAAAGCAGGAGCAGUCACUCAUAAAGAGAAACCGAAGUCUAUUAACAAUCAAGCCAAUCAUCAUAAGAAAAGAAGGACAGAAAAUGGAGAGUCUAAAGCCAACUCAAAAUCAAAUAUAAACUAAAAAAAGAGGAAUAACGAUGAAAGGAGUUAGUAGUUAGAUGAAUCAUAAGCCUCGAAAGCAUAAUAGAAAGCUUAAAAAUCACAAAUGCUAUAGGAUCCGUUUCAAAAUCUAACACCCCAGUAGUAGGCUUAAAUGGUGUAGAUGCAGCAACAAAACCCAUGGAUGCAAAUGAUGUAACUCUAAAUGGGUAUGUAUCCCUAGAGCAAUAUGAUGAAUUAAUAUGGACCUUAUGGAAUGAAUGGAAUGAUGCAAAUGAGUAUGCCCUACUAAUAAAGAUUUAUGCCAGGAGCUCCUUAAAUGGGUUUUGGUGGAAUGCAGUAUCCACAAUAUAUGGGAUAUCAACCAUAGUAUAUUAAUUAAGGCAACUCUAAUCCACUAAUGAAUUAGCAACCCCAGCCGUAAUACAGUACUCCUUAAUAACUUGACACCUAGUAACUGGAUUAAAUGAUUUAGGCAAUGAAGUAAAUGAAAGAAUUAGGUCAGCUGCCUUAAAACCUGCAAGACACUUUGGAAUAAUAUGAAGGCAUUAAGGCUUAAAUCCAGGAAAUCCAAAAUGAAAACCAAAUGCUUGAAAAUGAACUUUAGAAGCCAUCUGAGGACAUGCUAAAUUAAUCCUACAUACUAGGAGAGCUACCCUUGCAAUAAAAAAUAUAGAUUCGAAGGGAUGAAAUGCUAUAGCAGAGAAGAAAUUCUGAGAUGAGAAAUCCAUCAUAAAUUGGGAUGAAUGUUAUAAAUAAUAAUGAAGUGAUACUCGGUAAAUAGGAAUCUGAGAAAAAUGAAGAGUAAAAACAGGAAUCAUAAAAGGAGUAGGAGGACUACUAAGUAGUUGAAGUCAUGGUAGAGGUUUAGAACAGUGUGACUGAAGGUACGAUAAAAGAGAACCCAACUGAUAUGCCUCAGCCAAUGGGAACAGUAAUGUCUGAGCAGAGGUUCCAAUAACAGUAGUAGCUACAAUCAUCUCACAGAUAGUCCUUGAUCAACAACAAUCCACCAGAAGAGAUAAAUGAAUAAGAUUUAGUUUUGAAAGAGAUAGCUUAUCUGGCAUCGAAAGGACAUGACCCUACUCCAGAACUUGAAAAGGAAAAUGAGGAAUUGGCUUUCGAGCUGGAAACAGCAAAAAAACGGGAGAGAGAUUUGCUAUAGUCAGUAAAUGCACUCCAGUAUGAAAAUGACAUACUUUUUGGCAAGUCAAACUCAAUGGAUCACUCAGUUUAGAAUUAUGGAAAGCGCCUUGAAGAGUUGAGCAAGCAAAUAGAUGAAUUAAAUGCCAUUUUGAGAAUAAAAGACUCAGAGAUGAUAGAGAUGACCAAUGAGAUUCAUAACCUCAGAAUGAUGAAGGAAGCUAUGAGAAAGGAGAUAAUCUUUAGAAAACAAAGAGAAGAUUAGCUUGAAAGUAACAUCCGCAAGUUGUAAGUUUAGGUUGAUAGAGCUUAAUUUGAAUCAGAUGACAUCAGAGUCUAACUUAACGAGGAGACAUAGAGUAAUAAUGAGUUUAAAGAGCAAAAUAAAUAUAUUAAGUAGCAGAUUGAGAGGUUCAGAACUGAGAUAUAAGAAGAUUAAGAGAAAAAUGACUAGAUUAAACAUCAGAUAAAUAACAUUCAAGCUAGAUAAAACGAUUAUGAGUCUAAGUAGUUUUCAUAUAAGAAUCAGGUUGAUAGGUUGAAGAAUGAGAAUGAUUAAAUCAUGGUUGAUUUAAGUUAUGCUAAGGCAACUACCGACAAUUAAAGAGAUGCCUACCAAAAACUGAAUGAUUACUAUUAGAAGCAAGUGAUGAUAAAUUAAGAUUUAGAUUAGCAGAGAGAAGGCUUAAUGCUUAAUAAGAAUCACUAGCAAUCUGAGACACAGUUUAAAUAAAUCUAGUCCAAGACUAGUAGACAUUCAACUGCGAUUUAAUUUUAAGAAUCUAGUUUGCCAAUGCCUAAAUAAACUGGAAGAUUUUCUAUUGCUUAGAAGAAGCUCGAGAGCAUUAUGGAGAGAUAAAACUCUUCAUAACCUUUUGAAUAGGCUUAGGCCUCAGGGCAGCUAAAUCAAUAUCUUUAUCAGUAAGAUACGGAUAGAAGAGUGAGCUUUAAUGUUGAAGACAUGAAGAGAAGUUCGUCUCAAGGAAAGGGGAACAUGAUUACGCAAUCUAGAAAUUUCUAAGCUGACAAUAGUUUCAAGAAUAACUCGUUUUCAAAGUAUUAGGAUAUUAAUGCACUCAACAGUUCAAGAAUCAAGACAAUCUUAUUUGACCUUGGUGAGUAAAAAGAGGAUUUAAAUAGCAGUAUAACUGGAUAGAAGACCAGAGGAGGGGUAUUAUCUUAAACUAGAGAAUUCUAAAAUAGAAACUUCCUUCAGCAAAUGCCAAACAUCCUUGAGUGGCAGGAUAAGACUUAAAGAGGUGUGAGUAGUGGCUAUAACUAGCUAGGCAUGGAUUAACCUUACAGAGAGUAUGCAGGUGGCGUGUCUAAAGCAGACCAGUCUGGACUUAAUAAUUCCUUCAACAAUGGAACAGCUAAUGGCAAAACCAGACUUUAAUUGCAGGCAAAGUCUGAGAGUAUGCUAAAGAAGAAUGUGGACAGCUAUAAAAGAGGAGGUCCUCCAGCAAUCAGUGUGACUAUUGACCCUUAUGAUCCCAGCUAGAAGUAUACUUAUGCAGCAGGGGGCUAGAGGUCUGAGAGAUAUACAGCUGGAAAUAGCAGUGCAAUGAAUAGCAAUAACAAUAUUAACUAAUCUUUUAACCUACAGUAGUAAGGAGAAGACAUGCACAAUGCUUCAGUCAAUUAUGGCUUAAAUAACUCAAUGCAGAUAAACACCAAAGGCACAGGUCGCAUGAAGGUUGGAGACCAGAGCUUAAAGCAGAGUGAUCCGAUUCAAACAGUGAAGCGAGACACCUAGAAGAUCAACUAGCUGAGAGAUGAGUUGAAUGUGUGCUCGACUAGAAGAGAGCGAAUCAACGGAGAAAUCAACAAGAUAUCUGAUAAGAACAGGGACGGUAAGUAAAAGCGAAACAACUUGGAAAGUGAGAUGAAGCAGCUUAACAAAAAGAUAGGAGAUAUUAAGCUGCAGCUCAAGAAAAUGGAUGCACUCAAACCCAUUCUGUGA